CCUAAAUUAUCCAUCUCUAUGAGUCUCUCAAUUUUCGCUCAAAAGGUGAGAAGGGGGGGAGAAAAGACUAUGCGGGCUUCUCAACUUCUUACCAAUCUGGGAUUUGCUCUCUUCUUCUUCUUCUUCUUCACUGCAACUGGAUCAAACCUCACGCGGCUGCCUGACUCUGAGAUUAAUGCCCUCCAGAAAAUCUCCACAAGUCUACGAGUGGAUUGGGACUUCAGUGUUGAUCCAUGCAGUGGCAAUAAUGGAUGGGUAGUACCCAUGAAGAGCCCCUUCGCCAGAAAUGUCACGUGUGAAUGCACCUCCACUCCAAACACCUGCCAUGUUACAAGCAUCCUGCUCAAAGGUCUAAACCUUCGAGGUGCUCUCCCAGAUGAGUUUGCCAAUUUGACUUCCCUACAAGUAUUAGAUCUCACAUGGAACUAUCUAUCUGGAUCCAUCCCUGUGGCAUGGGCAUCUCUGCCCCUCACAAACUUGAGUCUUAUUGGAAAUCAGAUCUCUGGAAAAAUUCCUGACGAAAUGGGAAAGAUCACCACUCUUAAAACCCUUGUAUUGGAAGAUAAUAAACUCCAAGGACCGAUUCCUCAGUCCCUUGGAAACUUGGUCAACUUAGAUCGUCUUGUUCUGGCUUCAAAUAAUUUAAGUGGGGAGUUGCCGGAUACACUUGGCAAGCUUAGAAAUUUAACAGACGUGAGGCUUGAUGGGAACCCUAUAUCUGGAAAAAUUCCUAGCUUCAUUUCUAACUGGACGAUACUUGAAUGUCUGAACUUGCAAGGAACAAAUUUGGAGGGACCGUUUCCUCCCAACUUCUCUACACUUGAGAGCCUAUCAGAACUGAGAGUGACUGACAUAAAAGGAGGAAUCGUGGAGUUCCCGCUGUUGAAAAAGAUGAAAAAUAUGCAAAGACUGGUUUUGAGGAACUUGUCGCUUUCUGGGCAAAUCCCGGAUUAUAUAGGAGAUUUGCCAUUGCUUAGGACUCUAGAUCUUAGCUUUAACAACUUUUCAGGUGAAAUUCCAAGCACCUUCACAAACCUCCAAUUUCUGAUGUUUAUGUUCCUUACUAACAAUUUUCUCAGUGGUACAAUACCUUCCUGGAUCCUGCAAAGCCGCCAAAACAUAGAUAUAUCUUUUAACAACUUUUCAGGACCCUCAUGGCCAAGUGGUUGUCAACAAGCAAAUGUAAAUUUGGUCGCUAGUUAUUCGCCCACAUAUGAUAGCCCGAUAGCAGCAUGCUUUAAGAGGAACCUUCAGUGUUCUGGGGACGCAAAAAAUUAUAACUUGUUCAUAAACUGUGGAGGGAGUAGGGUCAAAAUAGGCAACAAUGAAUAUGAAGAGGAUACAUUACAACAAGGGUCGUCUAUGUAUGGAAUUUCUGGAAGUGGAAAAUGGGCUUAUAGCAGUACAGGAGACUUUAUUGGAAAUGUUAAUCCAAGAUAUAUUACAACGAACACAUCGGUUCUUAACAUGACCAAUCCAGGUCUAUACAUGUCAGCUCGUCUCAGCCCCCUCUCUCUCAAGUACUUUGGACUUUGCCUACAAAAAGGGAAUUAUACAGUAAAACUCCAUUUUGCUGAGAUAAUGUUUACGGACGACCAAACAUACAGCAGUAAUGGAGUGCGCAUAUUUGAUGUGUACAUCCAGGGCCAAAAAGUCCUACAAGAUUUUAAUAUAGCCACAGAAGCAAAAGGAACUGGAAGAGAGAUCGUUAAAACAUUUACUACUAUUGUUGAUGGCAGCACCUUGGAAAUGCACUUCCAGUGGACAGGGAAGGGAACAAAUAUAAUACCUGAUGUUGGUGUAUAUGGGCCUCUCGUAUCAGCAAUCACAGUUACACCAAAUUUUACGCCUGACACUGGAGAACAUAAGUUAUCAGUGGGAUCAAUUUCGGGUAUAGCUAUUGCUUGUGCUGUAACAGUUCUGCUUGUUUUGACCUUCCUCUGGAUUCGCUGGAGGAGAAAAGAGAAUGCAAACAAAGAGCUCAGAGACCUAAAAUUGAUGACGGGUUAUUUCACCUUAAAACAGAUUAAGGCUGCAACAGGCAACUUCAAUCCUGCAAACAAGAUUGGAGAAGGUGGGUUUGGACCAGUUUAUCAGGGUGUGCUUCCGGAUGGUUCUGUUAUUGCAGUCAAACAGCUCUCUUCAAUGUCAAGGCAAGGGAACCGUGAAUUUUUGAAUGAAAUAGGCAUGAUAUCUGCUUUACAACAUCCACAUCUUGUGAAGCUCUUUGGUUGUUGUAUUGAAGAAAAGCAGCUAUUGCUUGUAUACGAAUAUUUGGAAAACAAUAGCCUCGCUCGUGCUUUAUUUGGUCCAGAGGAAAGCCGGCUGAAUUUAGACUGGGAAACAAGGUGCAAGAUUUGCCUUGGAAUAGCGAGGGGUCUGGCAUAUCUUCAUGAAGAGUCGAGGCUCAAGAUUGUACAUAGAGACAUCAAAGCGACUAAUGUCCUGCUGGAUAAGAAACUUAAUGCCAAAAUUUCUGACUUUGGCUUGGCUAAACUUGACGAUGAAGAGAAUACCCAUAUCAGCACUCGCAUUGCUGGGACAGUAGGGUAUAUGGCUCCAGAAUACGCAAUGAGAGGUUACUUGACCGAUAAAGCAGAUGUUUACAGUUUUGGGAUUGUGGCUCUGGAAAUUGUUAGUGGGAAGAGCAACACAAAUUUCAGGCCAAAAGAAGAAUGCAUGUAUCUUCUUGAUUGGGCAUAUGUUCUACAAGAGCAAGGAAAACUUCUUGAACUGGUUGACUCGAGUCUAGGCUCCAACUACUUGGAAAAGGAAGCGAUGCAGAUGAUGAACCUCGCUCUUCUAUGUUCGAGCCCCUCUCCGACUCUGAGGCCUACAAUGUCCACUGUGGUGAGCAUUCUUGAAGGCCGAACACCUGUUCAAGUUCCAUCAGUGAAGAAUUACAUUGUAGAGGGCGAGGUGUUGAGAUUCAGAGCUUUUGAGAGUCACUUUGAUGGUAGCACGUCAAAGAGUUUGGAUAUGUCGUCUGCUGCUUCUUUCUCCGGCUAACGUGUUAUUAGAUAUAUAAUAUCAUUGAGUUUAUUUCAUUAUUUGAACCAAUUCGAUGACUUGACUACAGUAAUGUAAAAGAUUGGUCAGUUUAGUUCUCUGUAACUCUUAAUAAAGAAAACCUAGAGCUGAUGUAUUAAUUAUCUGAAGGUAAUCCAGGAUUUGUAAUGUGCUUGAUUUCUUGUGUGAAUGAUACGUUGAUAAUAAAACAGCACAACUACGCUGAAUCACACCA